CGAAGCAGAAAUAGACCAAAAGAGCAAGUAACUCUGGUUACUGGUAUAAUGGCAGCCCCCAUUUCCUCCAUCUUCCUCGCUGCUUUGCUACUUCUCCUAUGCGUUCUUCCCACCUUUGAGCUGCGAGAAUUAACAGCGGAGGACUACCACCAUACUCUCCAAGUCAGCUCUCUUCUUCCUUCAUCUGUUUGCAGUACUUACGAAGGUUUGGAAAAAAUGCCAUCGUCUUUGAAAGUAGUGCACAAGCAUGGCCCAUGCUCUAACCUCCAUCAAAAAGAAUCAAGUGCUCCAACCCAUGCCGAGGUCCUCCUCCAGGACCAGGAUCGGGUCAACUCAAUCCACUCAAGGCUUGCUAAUUCUGGCGAUACGAAGAAGACGGAUGCUACCACAUUGCCGGCCUAUCAUGGAAGUACGAUAGGGACGGGGAAUUAUAUCGUCACGGUGGGUUUGGGCACCCCGAGGACGGAUCUGUCCCUCGAGUUUGACACCGGAAGCGAUAUUACUUGGACACAGUGUGAACCUUGCGUUUCAUACUGCUAUAAACAGAAGGAACCCAUAUUCGAUCCUUCUAAGUCUACAUCAUAUCUCAACAUUCCCUGUGCUUCUUCUAUUUGCCGCUCUCUGCCAGCGAAUUCGUCAGGCUGUUCGUCUUCAACCUGUGUUUACGCAGUCCAGUACGGCGACUCAUCCUACACCAUCGGGUUCUUUGCAAAAGAACGGCUAACCUUAACGUCGACGGACGUUUUCGACACCUUUCUGUUCGGAUGCGGAGAAAACAACCGUGGGCUUUUUCGGGGUGCCGCCGGGUUACUUGGGCUUGGCCGUAACAAAUUUUCCUUCCCAUCCCAAACAGCCCAGAAAUACAACAAACUCUUCUCUUACUGCCUCCCGUCCUCCGCCAGCUCCACUGGUUACCUCACAUUCGGCAACAGCGGCAUCUCCAGUUCAGUUAAAUUCACCCCAUCACCCAAGCUUGGCGAAACCUUUUAUGGCCUUAACAUCAUCGGAAUCAGCGUCGGCGGUAAUAGACUAUCCAUCUCAUCAUCGGUGUUCUACAACGCCGGAACCAUAAUCGACUCCGGAACCGUCAUCACCCGCCUCCCACCCACGGCAUACUCCGCUCUCAGAACUGCCUUCCGUCAAGGAACGUCCACGUACCCGAGUGCAGAUGCCCUAGGUAUACUGGACACGUGUUACGACUUCAGCAAUUACGAUACCAUCAGAGUACCAAGAAUAAGCAUAUUCUUCAGCGGCGGUGUUCAAGUUGAUAUAAACGUCUCCGGAGUCUUUUUCGCCGCAGACGUGUCCCAGGUGUGCCUGGCGUUUGCCGGAAACAGCGAUGAUUCUGACGUGGGUAUUUUCGGAAAUGUGCAGCAGAAAACAUUCCAAGUGGUGUAUGAUAAUGUUGGAGGAAGGGUGGGAUUUGCCGCCGGCGGGUGUCGUUGAGAAAUUCCGAGCAAAUAAUGGAGAGUCGAAUCUUCGAGUUGGGUCCUGAAUCUUGAAGCAUAUAUAGGAAUAAGAAAUGCUUGGUUUCGUUUCGUACGUCAUUGUAAGUUGAAGCUAUUAAAAUUGUAAAAUAAAAAAUACUGCUAUGGAGAGCUUGGAAGAGUCAGGCUCGAGCUUAAAUGUUAAAUGAAUAUGUUAGACUACU